UUUUUUUUUUUUUUUUAUUCGACACUUUUUUUUCUUUUUUUUUAUUUUCUCUGAGAGAGAUGAGCAGGGAGUGAGGAAUGGAGGCGUAGGGACGGAUGAUGUUUGUGUUCUCAGGUCAAACCUUUGAACACAGCCAGGCCUCUAGUUUUAGCUUGAGUGAACAAGCCAACGAACAAAAGGAGAAAAUUAAUGGAGAAAUAAUGGACGAUUCCCAUUUCAACUCAUCAUACUUUUGGUCUCCCGUCCCCACUGUACAAGGACAGAUUGAGAACGCCAUGUUCCUCAACAAGACUAAGGAUCAGCUGGGUCAGGACAAGGCCAACGCAUCUCCCUUCCCUCACUCCUCUACGUCUUCCACCUCAUCCCCUCACUACCCCACCGCUGUGCUCGCCAUCCCGGGUUCAGUGGACGCGGGGCCUGGGGUGCGGGUGGUCCCCAAACAGGAAGGAGGUGGCAACACGUCAGGAGGAGGGGGGGGCAACAGCGGUAAUGGAAGCUUGAGUGGAGUCGGGGGACAUCUGCACCAGUCACACACCUCCCAGAACGUCACGGUCGUGCCUGUUCCCUCCACUGGGAUCAUGACCGCAGCGGGGUUAGUGAUCACCACCCCUCAAGGCACUCUGGUACCAACUGCCUCCACGCAGUCAUUUGUGAGCGGACCCCACACUGCUACCACCAUGAUAGUGUCUGCUGUGCACCCUUCAAACACAGAUAAAAAGGAUGAUGUUGGUCUUCCUCCAGCCAUCGUCAUGCAGACCCCGUCAAAACGGGGCAGGAAGAGCAAACAGGCGAUGAGCAGAGUCAGCGGGAUUCUCCCUCCAGGAAGUGAUGCGUUAAUUUUAGCUCAUCUUGCUGCUGGUGGACAGCACCACUCUGCUGACCCUUAUGAUCUAUCAAAUGAUGAAGAUGAUCAUACCAGUAAAGAUGGACCCAAGUCCUACAGGUGUCGGAUGUGUGCAGUGACGUUCUUCAGCAAGUCCGACAUGCAGAUCCACGCCAAGUCCCACACUGAGGCCAAGCCCCACAAGUGCCCCCACUGCUCCAAGUCGUUUGCCAACUCCAGCUACCUGUCCCAGCACAUCCGUAUCCACAGCGGGGCCAAGCCCUACUCCUGCACCUACUGCCAGAAAACAUUCAGGCAGCUCAGUCACCUACAGCAGCACACACGAAACCACACUGAGGCCAAGCCCCACAAGUGCCCCCACUGCUCCAAGUCGUUUGCCAACUCCAGCUACCUGUCUCAGCACAUCCGCAUCCACACGGGGGCCAAGCCCUACACCUGCUCCUACUGCCAGAAAACAUUCAGGCAGCUCAGUCACCUACAGCAGCACACACGAAUCCAUACUGGUGACCGACCUUACAAGUGUAACCAUCCGGGCUGUGAAAAAGCCUUCACUCAGCUGUCCAACCUACAGUCUCACCGUCGGCAGCACAACAAAGAUAAGCCCUUCAAGUGUCACAACUGUAACCGUGGUUACACAGACGCUGCCAGUCUGGAAGUACACCUGUCUACGCACACCGUCAAACAUGCCAAGCUGUACUCCUGCGGCCUCUGCAACAGAUCUUACACAUCGGAGACGUAUCUAAUGAAACACAUGCGGAAGCACAACCCCGACCCGCUGACUGUGGCAGCAACAGUAGCUGCCCAGCAGGCCCAGGGCCUCACCCCGGGAGGAGGGGGCCGGGGCCGAGGCCGCGGUCGAGGCAGAGGCGGCGGCAGAGGAAGCCAGCUUCAGAACCAGAACAACCCAAACAACACCAAUCAGAACCAGAAUCCUGGACCCCCAGGCAGCUACCAGGCGACCCAGCAACCCUCUGAAGGCGUGGUUCCCUGUCCAUUUGAUCUGCACCAGUAUAAAACGGUGUCGGCCAGUGAGAUUCAGUACAAACCAGUCGCUGUUGGCGACCUGCCGGUGACCCAUAAGGACCUCUGUCUAACCGUGUCCACGUCAGCCAUCCAGGUGGAGCACAUGAACUCGUAGGCCGCGUCCUCCGGCUCCGUUUAGGACAUUACUAAUAAUCUGCAGUGUAAAAAGCUCCAUUUGAUUCAGCGUCAUUCAUCUUUACAGUCUUCUUCAAACUAAAAAAAAAACAAAGACACGGCUAUGAAAGGAGAAACUGUUACCAUCCUCAUCAGCCAUCCGGCUCUGACACCGACUCCAGCAGGGCCGUGCUUAUAUUCACUGUCAAGUAGCUCUGAAGGACGUUUAGAAAGGGAUCAGUGAGAUAUUGCAAAACAAUCAAAGAAACAAGCUUAGAUCACCAGAUUCUGGAGCUUUAAUACUGAGAUCAGCUUAAAGAUCCGUGCUUGGAUUACAGAUAAUCUACAAAGUGUUGAUUUAAGGAACCUCAAAGUGAGAACGCUGGUUUGGGGUUCGGACAUUUCAUGUCUCAAAAAGUUGGUUUUGAAUCAACAGCCCUGCUCAAAAAUACGAUUUGGAGAUCACAGUAAAUUAUCUGUAAAAUCAAAGAUGAUUCAACCUGAUUUCUUUACAGUAAGGUAACUUUGUUGGUAUUCAGAUUAAAUCCCCUUAAAAAAAAAAAAAGCUCCGGCAAUUUGGCAAAGCCAACACAAGGAAGAGUGAAAAAAGAUUUUGAGAACCGGCACCAAAAUGGAACCACUUAAUUAAUCUGAACGCUGAAGAAAACAUUUCAUUGAAUUAAGGAGAAAUUAUCUAUAAGUGAGGAAACUCUCCAUCCAAAUUUCAAAGGAUUCAUUCUCAAAUCGUAGUCAUGUUCUCCUUAAACUCACAUCAGAGGAUCGGGGACUUAAGGAACCGUUUUGUCCGGAACAAAAGAAGUUCUACAAGAAUGUAGUAAACGUGAGGAAUCCGCAGCAGAGCGACACGUUGGAGAAAAGCAGGACGGUGGAGUCCUACAGAAAGCACUUGAUGAAGCUCGUACUUCACGCCUAUGUUUGUCAUUGUUUGUCUUUUUUUUUUU